AUGGCCAGCUACCAGAACGGACAGUCCUAUUACCCCCAGAACAACCACCCUGCGUCCGGCCAGAACGUACCGUACGGUUCGCAGCCCGCCUAUUCCUCACGCCCUCUUGAGCGCACUUCAAGUUUCGAUGCGGGAGACGAUGAGCGGAUGUUUGGGGGAGGCCAGGCGCAGGUGCAGCCCGCUCAAGGAUAUUCAGCAUAUACUGCGUCGACUGGAACGAGUCCGCAUACACACAGAACGCAGUCUACUGCCACAUUCAGUUCAUCUUCGACUCCGUACAGGACAAACACGCAACAUACGGCGCUUGGAGGAUAUCAGCAUCAAUACCAGCAACCGGCGGUCCCGGCUCAUCAGCCCUAUAACCCUGCCCAGUAUCAACAGCAACAGCAACAACAUUCGACCUACAACCCCCAAGGAUAUGCCACCUCGCCAUCUUCCUCUUACUCUACAAGCACGUACCAGCCUUACGUGCCAGCCGCAUAUGGAGAACAGAACAUCAACCGGCAGAAUACAGGGUACAACAGCUACGGCUAUUACGAUGUAAAUUCCCAAGUGAACUAUCCUACUUCUGCGUCGCAACCUCCACCUCCUCCUCCCCGUCCUGAUCAGCCAGCCGUUUACCAAAGUUUCCAAGCGUACAACGCCUAUGCGCACGAUGCGCCACAGGCUCACGCCGGCCGUCAUCACAGCUCAUCUUCCACUGGCCAGAGUCAAUCGGGGUAUUCCCCUCCGGCACCCGCCCCUCCACCACACAAUGCGUCGUUGCUGGACCGACGACAUUCACGUUCAACGAGUAUACAAGACGAGAGAUUUUCGCAUGGGACAGGGCUAUCAGCACCGUAUCAAGAUGCAUACUCACUACCGGAUGUUGAACGUCAUGCUUCCUUCGCGAGCCGAAUGAGCAAUCAAUCCGUGUCACCACAGCCGUCCAUACCAACUCCGCCGAGCAGAAACCCUUCCAAUGCGUCUCCCCAGCGCACAGGAACUAAUCGACACCCUCAGGGCCGAUCUCUUCCCGGCGUACCAUCAGAAUCAGACUCUGACAAUGACUAUUUCCGUUCAACCGAAACCCCAAAUGUUGCACAGCGCGGUUCAUCCCCAGCAGCUUACGAUGAUCUGAUGCACCAUCUCGAUGAGGCCAUUGGAGGUACCUCAUUGCAUACAAGGUCUGCGAGUGCUCAAAGGUAUCGAAAUUCGAGAGACGGAGCUGUAGAGGGCAUGUUUCCGCAACAGCCUUCUCCACAGCCUCGCCUAUCCCCGGAUGAAGUUCCCACCCAUCUCAACGGAGCGAUUGCGUCGACCGGUGACACCUACAUCAACUAUGGAGCUUUCACCGAUGAUAGUGAUGCCGAAGCGGCAGCAGGUCUUGCCGCUAUGCAAGCUCUAGAUGAACAGGAAAGAGCCGAAGAUGCUCGUAGACACAGCGGUUCAGCAACAUUAUUUCCUAGUCAACCUCGUUCAGAUGGGGGUGCCGCACGACCUUUAUCCCGGGAGCAGAGCAGUGACAGUGAUUACACUGGCUAUGAUCUCAGUUCUGCUGGUGGCGGCUAUCUCCCCGAUUUGUCGUACGGUGAAUCGGCAACGUCAAAUUAUGCAGCUGCAGCUUCGAUGCCUCAAAGCGAGCUUUACAGCAGACUAAACAACCGUAUGAAUUCGGCACGAAGCUCCGGAGUGUCCUCGGAGGGGCGCGAAUCGCAGACAAGUGGUUACGAGAUGUUACCGCCGAUUGACACACUUCGUUCUUACCCUGCAGUCCCCAAUGUUGCACGCGUAGACACCGGAGGAACAGGUGGUCUUACAGAACCAAGUCCACAUCCCAGACGACUGAGCUACGAAGAUGGUGACGAAGGUGUAUUUGUUGAUUCAGAUGUUGGCGGAAGAUCUGGUGACACUAGUCCCUCCAGGGACUCGAUUCCAGAUUUGUUCUUCCAUCCUGGCAUGAGCCAACAACGACCGCUGCCUCCACCUCCCUCGCAUUCGGAUCCUGGUCGGAUACCUCAUCUCAUGCCUACAGGCACGUAUACACAGCAAAGCCGGUUUUCCCAGUACGCUGAGACGAACAGACAAAGCUAUCCAGCGGCGCCUGAUGCAUACUCGAAUGCUUUGCUCAGCCCAACAACUGUGCCAAGGUCAACUUCCUUGUCUAGUACUCGAAGUGCGCCUCGUGUGGAAUAUCCAAUUCGAUCCAAAACAGACGCAGAUCGUCAAAAAGCACUGCGACAACAAGGACGACCAGUUUCAGACUUGUAUGAUAUUGCCAGCCCACAGUCAGCUGCAUUGGACCUUCCAACUCUCCCACGAAAACGAUACAACCCUGCCAAGCUUACCGCUGAUCAAUUUAAGAAAUGCUCAGAGCCAUGGGCGUUGAGCUCCAUUGUGACAUGGAUUAGAGAUUUGGCCGAAGAGGAAGUUGAUCUGAAGGAACACCACAUUGCUGAGGGCAUUAUUGCUCUUUUCAUGAACAAGGUGCCGACAAUGUACGUCACAGAAGCCGAGGUACUGGGGGAAAGGGUAGUAAGGGAGAUGCUUGCCGCCAACGCAUUGGUCAGAGAAGAAGAAUGGGUCAAAUUUGGCCCCGGGACCACAUCAGGUGUUCUUUAUCAAUUGACAGGGUCCGGAUGCUACUCCUCCAAGCUUCAUCUUAACCAAACCAGGGGAAGAUGCUACUCCUACCACUGCAUGAGGACUCUGAGGAAGGUCGAUCUAGACACUUUGCCUGAGGAGAAAAAGUCUGAAGAUUGGGCCACAUUUUACAAGCUGAAAAAGGAAGAUAUCGAAAGCCACGAGAAAAAAGAAAUCGAGCGACAGAAUGUGCUUCAUGAGAUCGUUACCAGUGAAGAUCUUUAUAUCAGUCAGCUCGAUGUUCUGCGCGUCCUCUACCGUGACAGACUUUCGACAGCACAGCCACCUAUUGUGCCCUCCAAGAAACUACCGAACUUCCUGAUAGAGGUUUUCGGUGGCGUUGACAAGGUUAAGAAAGUCAACCAAGACUACCUCUUAGGCCAGCUCAAAUACCGACAGACAGAACAAGGUCCGUGGAUUGUGGGAUUCAGCGACAUCUUCCGUGAAUGGAUCAGAAAAGCUCGGCCCGUGUACGUGGAGUACGCUUCUAAUUUUCCUCGAGCCGACUACCUAAUGCGACGUGAAGCCGAACGGAAUUUCCAUUUCAAGAACUUCCUUGAUCAAGCUCGAGAUGACAAACGGUCUAAUCGUUUGGGGUGGGACAAUUACUUGAAAGCCCCCAUCACGAGACUGCAGCGUUACAGCCUGUUGCUAUCAACCGUCCAGAAGAAUAUGCUGAAAGAGUCGGAAGAGAAGAACAACCUUGCCUAUGCGCUGGAUGAAAUCCGUGCGGCCACCUACGAGUGCGAUGCCAAGUUUGCCGAAAUGACCAAGAAGAUGGAAUUGAUCGAGAUGCAGACCAAGUUACGACUUCGACCCCCAAUGGAGAAGGAAGUUGAGCUCAACCUCGACCAUCUGGGUCGCGAGAUCAUCUUUCGGGGUGAACUACAACGAGCCGGUGGCAAAGGCUUCCAAUGGGUUGACACUCAUGCAAUUCUUUUUGACCACUAUCUGGUGCUUGCGAAGCCUCUCUACCGAGACCGGAAAGAAGGCUAUUACGACGUCUCGAAGGUGCCUAUCCCAAUGGACUUGCUCGUCUUAGAAAGUGCCACAGAUCCUGCUGUAGUGAAAUCUUCCGUCAAGGGCAUCGGUGCGGUUACAACGACUGUCGUCCCUCGAGGCGCCACAGCAGCAGAUACUCGACUUAAUCGGGCGCAGUCGUCUUCUAGCGGAGGUCCGGGUACCUUGGCGCAUCAGACCACUAGCUUGUCAAUAGGAUCUGGAAGCGCCAGCCAGUCUAUGGUCCCAAUCACGACAUUGGAUUCCGCGAGCUCGAAGGAGGAAAAGAUUAUGUAUCCUUUCCGCAUCAAGCAUCUUGGCAAGACUGAGACAUACACUCUGUACGCUCCUACGGCGCAGAAUCGACAAGACUGGUGCGAAGCCAUAAUCCAAGCCAAGACGAGACACGCGGAGGCGCUCUUCUCUCAAAAUGCUGAGCCGUUCAAGCUCCGUGUGUUGGCCGACACCGCUUUUGGCUAUGAAGGUAUAUCGUAUCCUGGGAAGCAGAUCAAGAUCCGUGGUACGCCACUCGAUCGAGCGAUCCAGGAAGCUGAGAAGAAGUUUGAGGGACAAGGACGGCCAGCACCUGUGUGUAGAGCUCCAGUCAACUGUGCAACUGUGUUCAACCAACCUUAUGGUAGACUCAUGUGUGCGGUUGGGACGGAUUAUGGCGUGUACAUCUCCGAGUAUCAAAAUUCUCGGGGAUGGAUUAGGGCCAUCCAGAUGCAACGCGUGACACAAAUCUCGGUGCUUGAGGAAUUUAACUUGUUCUUGCUCAUCUCCGACAAAGUCUUGAUUGCAUAUCACUUGGACGUAGUUUGUCCACCAUCAGGUCUUCCUGUUUCCCACACCGAUACAUCAAGUCGCAAAGCACCUCAGAAGCUCUCUGGCUCGAAAGACGUUGGCUUCUUUGUGUCUGGUAGGAUGAAGGAGCGCACUUUGGUCUUCUACAAGAAGAGGGACGGUAUUGUGUCGACGUUCAAAGUUCUUGAGCCAGUCUUGCAAAAGAGCACGACCAGUCGAUCACGCUUUUUACCAUCUGCAUCGCGCCGAGGUCAAACGGAAUUUUUUAGAGAGUAUGAUGAAUUCUACAUCCCAGCUGAGUGCUACAGCCUCAACCUGUUCCAGUCGAGCUUGGCGAUAUCAACGGCAAGAGGGGUGGAAGUAUUGACAUUGGAGAAGAAACAGACCUGGAGUGUACCCAACUUGAGGAGCGAACAACCCGAGACUCAGGCUCAUCUGAGUUCCAUCGCCAGUCGUAUCAAAGACCUGAAACCGCUGGGUAUGUUCAGACUCGGAGAAGCAGAGUUUUUGGUUACGUUUGAAGAAUGUGCCGUGUACGUCAACAAACACGGUGACAUUUCCCGUGGAGUGGUAAUGGAGUUUGUGGGUCGAGCCAAGUCGGCGUGUCUCUACGCGCAAUACUUGAUCCUGGUGGAUGACGAUUUUGUCGAGAUUCGAGAUGCGCAGAAUGGCAGACUCAAGCAGGUCAUAGUCGGGAAAGACAUCAAAUUAUUGGAUGAUGGUGGUGGCGGCGGUGGUGGUGCUCAGACGCAAGCUGCGUUAGGAGGUGGGAUUAACGGAUUGGGACUGAAGAAUUUUGGAACCGCACCACGAAUGCCGAAGCUGGUGCUACAACAUCCGGAACACGAAAAGAGUCACGUUCUUGUCGAGUUACUGUUGACGACAGAGACGGAGUAG